UCUGCGCAGGCGCGGGGCGCGCGGGCCCCCGGGAGCCGCGCGGUUUGAAAGGGCGGCAAUGGCGGCGGCUCCGAUCCUAGAGCCGGCCCCGGCUCUGAUCCCGGCCCUGGCUCUGAUCCCAGACCCGGCCCCGGCUCUGAUCCCGGCCCUGGCUCUGAUCCCAGACCCGGCCCCGGCUCUGAUCCCAGACCCGGCCCCGGCUCUGAUCCCAGACCCGGCCCCGGCUCCGAUCCCAGACCCGGCCCCGGCCCCGACCCCAGACCCGGCCCCGGCUCCGAUCCCAGACCCGGCCCCGGCUCCGACCCCAGACCCGGCCCCGGCUCCGAUCCCAGACCCGGCCCCGGCUCCGACCCCAGACCCGGCCCCGGCUCCGAUCCCAGACCCGGCCCCGGCUCCGACCCCAGACCCGGCCCCGGCUCCGAUCCCAGACCCGGCCCCGGCUCCGAUCCCAGACCCGGCCCCGGCUCCGAUCCCAGACCCGGCCCCGGCUCUGAUCCCAGACCCGGCCCCGGCUCUGAUCCCAGACCCGGCCCCGGCCCCGACCCCAGACCCGGCCCCGGCUCCGACCCCAGACCCGGCCCCGGCUCCGAUCCCAGACCCGGCCCCGGCUCUGAUCCCAGACCCGGCCCCGGCCCCGACCCCAGACCCGGCCCCGGCUCUGAUCCCGGCCCCGGCCCCGGCCUGGGCCCAGGGCAGCGACGACGUGGAUGUCCUCACUCUGCUCCGCCUGAGGGACCGAAUGAAGGAACAGCUCACGGAGUACAAAAAAGCCAUUCUUGCCAAUCAAGAAAAUUUCGUUGAUCAAUUGAAGAUUAAUGCCAUUGAAAAAACAAUGAUCCAGAGUGCCACAGAAGAUUUGGAAAGAACUAUAGGGGAAGCAAAAGUCUCUUUCCAGAACAAGACCUUGGCCUUGCAAAGGAUCCAAAUUAUGGAUGCCCUGAGAAACAAAUUGGAACAAGAUGAUGAGGAUUCACGUCUGAUCCUGGAAACAGUGAACCGCAUAGGAUUGCUCAGCCGGACAAUAAUUGAGUAUCAGCGGCAAGCACAUGAGAAGGAACAGAAGAUGACUGACAUUAAAAGGAAAAGACUCUCUUUAAAAAGAGAAGGACAGAAAUUACAGCAAAUGCAGACCACGAUGAAAAGGCAAAAGGAGAAACAAGCAAGUGUGAAUGUCACUGAAAAAGAGAACAGGCUUAAUAAAUUGGAACGAGAAAGACAGAUGACUACAAUAAUUCAAAACGUGCUCCAGAACAUCAUAAUUGGAAGCAGAGUUAACUGGGCCGAAGAUCCAUCUUUAAAGGAAAUUGUUCUACAGCUUGAAAAAAAUGUCUAUCUUCAGUAAGUCAGGAGAUGGAUAUAUUGGUGUUUAUUUUAUUCAGUGUGUGCAUUUCAACUAAACCUGAUAGAUUAUAUGCAUCUCAAAAGUAUACUUCAAGAAUUCUAAAAUUUGAUCUUUCUGAAAGAUGUUGUUCUCUUUAGAAAAUUAGAAUGUGUGCAAGCAAUUCUUUUCAACGGAUUUAUCUUCUGGUAGACAACAAACAUUUGAACAGGUAGGAGAGCUGAUUAAAUGAAACUACCUGAAGACUCACGUCUCAAGCUGUGCUGUCUCAAGUGCCUCUGAAAGGCAACAAUAAGACAAGACAGGUUUCAAGGUUUCAUGUAGAAGUGGAGUUAAACUGAGGCUUUGCUGUGUACCCCUUUCCUGAGAGUCAGCAGGCUCUGGAGCUCAAGCAGGAUGCACAACCCUCCUGUCCUAGUCGAAAGUUCAGUCUGGAAGAUUUAUUAGCAAGUCUUGAGUUGGGAUUAUUUUUGGUUUUAAUUACGUAUAAUUUUAUGUUUUAUGUAUUAUUGUAUGGAUUAUGUAUAAUUUUAAACACCAGAAAUUUUAUGCUUGUUAGCAGUGUCUCGUCUGCAGAGGUGACUGCAUACUGUCGACUGUGCAGCUAAGCAGUGUUUUAAUUACAUGUUUUUACUAGCAUUUGCGCCUUUUUUAGUCGGUGCUGUUUGUUGGAAAUAAAUGUUUGAAAGUGUGAAAAAGGCAUAUUGUGUGUGUGGCUCUAUGCAGAUAUUUACUAUAUGUAAUAUGCUAGGUAGAAAAGUUAUGCAAUAUUAACAUUUUAAAUAAUAUAGUAAAUGUAGUUUUUAACAUUGAAUCUAAGUAAGAAUUGUGUGUAAGGUAUUGUCCUUAGCUCAAGAGCAAAGAGAAGAUAACCCAGAGGUUUCUACACAGAGAGAACAAUUACAACAAGCCAGACUAAAACCCCCUCUUGGAUGUUUCAGAGGGAAAGAUGCAGAUCUCCUUGAAACCACCCUGACCAAUCCAGACCAUGCAUAUCUCCUUGAAUCCACAAAGCUACCUGGUUAAGCCAGACUCCAGGACGCCAGGGGUUUUGCAAAAGGCUCGUGGCAAACGGGCUUUUCUUAGAUAAAGUAUGCAUAACCAUUAAAGUUGGUCCUCAAAAAUAGAGAGGCAUCUCCCUAACGGGGCCCUUCUUCACAGCCUUUGUCUGGGGGGGAGGGGGGACGUAGUCCCGGGCUACCUUUCUUUGCUCUUAUUGCCUCAUUAUUUGUCCUGUCUCUGAAAACUUUUUAAACUUUUAUUAUUGUAUUAUAUUUUUUGUAACCAAUUUUUAUUCUUUAUUAAAUUUUCAUAAAUUUCAAGAAGCGAGUUAUUGGCAUUUAUCACAGGGAGUCCCUUGUUAUCUAGGUGUAUGACUUGUAACUUGGUGAGUGAUCACUAGCUGGGGUUUUUUUAGGUGGGUGCCUUGAAUUAAUAAUAAAAAUAAAACCUGA